AUGUUGCCAAGUAUAAAAUUGUGUGCCAUCAUUCUCGUUUGCGUUUUCACAUCGUGCCGCGUUUCCGCGGAAGAAUGCGAUCCGGAAAUGAUAGGCUUCGAAUUGGUGACCGGCUACGUAUUUUCCGCACCCUUGGACGUCAUGGAUUCCCUUCCGGGAACACUCAUGUUAACGGACUGUUUGGAAAGCUGUCAAACCAACGAUUCUUGUCAGGCUGUCAACUACGAGACCGGACUAUGCGUUUUAUUCAGUUCAAACGCCGACACUUAUCCAGGAGCACUCGCGAGAUCCCAAUUUCCCGUAUUCACAAUUUAUGCUCAAAAAAGUUGCCUCGGAGUGAAACCGUGCGAACGUGCUUGGUGUUUCGACCGUGUUUUAGGUCAUCAACUUUACGGUUAUACGAAAAAGAAGCACUCUGUCGGAUCGAGACAAGAAUGUUUGGAAUUGUGCUUGGGCGAACGUGAAUUUGUUUGCAGACCCCCUCGAAUUACAUUCGACUUUAUAACGGUGUCCAUGUCAUGGUCGCGAGCACUCGCGAGAUCCCAAUUUCCCGUAUUCACAAUUUAUGCUCAAAAAAGUUGCCUCGGAGUGAAACCGUGCGAACGUGCUUGGUGUUUCGACCGUGUUUUAGGUCAUCAACUUUACGGUUAUACGAAAAAGAAGCACUCUGUCGGAUCGAGACAAGAAUGUUUGGAAUUGUGCUUGGGCGAACGUGAAUUUGUAUGCAGGUAA